AUGACACUACUUUUCGCCCGCAGCCAUCAAUGGCUGAUAUCUCCAUCCUUAAAAAUCUUCUCACGUCUCCUUACUCUUCUCAUCAUUCUCACUUUAUCUGGUAAUGUUGUCGUCGCAGACACGUACAAAGAGAAGCUCGAUCUCCAACCCCUGUCUGGCCAGUUCCUUCUCGCUUCAUUCAACUUCCAAAGCCAUGGCCCGAUUGAAGCGUUCAACAAACAGAUGUUCCAGUUGUUUCCGAGAAGUCUAGGACAAAUACUACAAUAUACUCAUACUAGAGAGUUGCAUUUACGAUUUGCACUUGGGAGAUGGGAUUCAGAACUAUGGGGUGCGCAGCCUGGAGAUGGACAGAACGCUGGUGGGACAGGUGUGGAGACUUGGGCGUGGGUUGAGGCUGAUAACGAUGUUGAAGCUGAGGCAAGGUGGACAUCCUUGAACAAUGCACUCUCUGGACUCUUUUGCGCUUCCCUCAACUUCAUUGACUCGACAAGGACCAUCCGACCAGUUAUGUCGUUUAAUCCUACAGGCGACUAUCCUACGACUAACACAUCGCGGUUAUUCUUGCUCCACGGCAGUCUACCAAAGGAACCAGUGUGUACUGAGAAUUUGACGCCAUUUUUGAAGCUAUUACCGUGUAAAGGCAAAUCUGGGAUUUCCACACUUCUUGACGGCCACAAACUCUUCGAUGCUUCUUUUCAGUCUAUGUCUAUCGAUGUACGACCUAUUUGUUCUCCCCAUACCGGUACCUGCGAUAUUGAAAUUCAACAGACGAUUGAUAUGGUACUCGAUAUUUCGAGAAGUUUGCAAAGGAAGGAUAGUCCAGUACCACGCCCACGGGAUCAACAUGAAUUGAUUUGCGACACUUCGAAGCCGUAUGCUUCCAAUGAGUACUGUUAUCCUAUGGAUAAUAGUAUUGAUCUUCCUUGGUCACUAUCAGAUUUGUUUGGACGUACUAUUUCCGGAGGAUGCCCAUUUGCUAUUAAAAUUCCGACCGAAGAGACUCAGCAUGUUUGCAUUCACGCACCGGAGAAUAAACUCAAGACCAUGGAAACGCUUGAACUAGCUGCUCCGGCGCCAACUGAGGGCCAGCCGGAUCUAAAAUGUUAUGUGCUCCGAGAGAAUUUACCCUUCGAUCUCUCAUUUCCGAAGCAGCAGCCGCCAAUUUCGCCUCUACGACAGGAACCGCUAUUAUACGCUGAACGGUCGUUUACAGGGCACGGGCAGGAACAUGGUGGCGUUAAGACGGUUCUCAGGAAUCCAAACCCUAAUGAUCCUGUUGAGGUUGUGUAUUUGGAGUCAUUACCUUGGUUCAUGAAGCCUUAUCUUCAUACCUUCAAGGCCCAGGUUCUGCCAGCAUUUGAUGGGGAGGCAGAUGUGAUUUCGGAAUUGUAUUAUCGACCGGCGUUAGAUAGGAAGCGGGGCACGCAACUGGAGGCGAAGCUGGUUGUCCCGCCGAACUCAGUGGUUAUUUUGACGUAUGAUUUUGAGAAGGCGGUGUUGAGAUACACAGAGUAUCCACCGGAUGCAAAUCGAGGGUUUGAUGUUGCUUCUGCUAUCAUAACGAUCCCGCCUCAUCGACAAGGUUCGGACGGGAAAAUAAUCCCUGCUACGUCGAUCAGGACAACUAGUUUGUUGCUUUCGUUACCGACGCCGGACUUCAGUAUGCCGUACAAUGUGAUUAUUUUUACGAGCACGAUUAUGGCGUUGGCUUUUGGAAGUAUAUUUAAUCUGUUGGUAAGAAGGUUUGUGGCUGUUGAUGAGGUGCAGCGAGUGGAUCUGAAGGGGAAGAUUAGAGGGUUACUUGGGAGGCUGAAGAAAGGCAAGACCGAGUAG